AUGUCAUCCACGUCAUCAGAAAUCCAUGAACGAUCCAACUUUGAAGAACUUCAAGGCGACCUCUUCAUCGCCUCUCCACCAACCAACUCUCUCGCUCAUUGCAUCUCUGCAGACCUUAAGAUGGAGAGAGGAAUAGCCGUUUUGUUCAAAUCGAAAUUCGGGGGUGUAUCCGAACUUCAAGAACAGUCCAAACGCGUUGGAGAAGUAGCUUACCUUGUUCGUGAUGGAAAAUACAUAUUCUACUUGAUUACGAAGGAGGAAUAUUUCCACAAACCCACGCAUGAGGACUUUGAGAGGGCUGUGUCAGACUUGAGAAGAUUGUGCGAUGAGUUGGGCGUUUCGGGGUUGAGCAUGCCAAGGAUCGGUGCUGGUUUAGACAAAUUGGAUUUGGAUUACGUUAAAAGCGUUGUUAGGAACGCCUUCGACGGAUCUAAUACGAAAGUCACCAUGUUUUAUUUGUAA